AUGGCCACCGGCACCAGACAGGAACCAGUGACCCCGCCCAACUGCCACGCCCAGCAGUCCCAGAGCCACACACAGCAGAGAUCGGUGAUGAACUGGCUGCAGUUACACUACAGGCCGCCAGGUGGCGGUGUCACUCCAGAGUCCUCGCGCAGCGCUGGAAGGCGAGGGCACGCGUGCUGCAGUGCUGAGGUGGCGGUGCUGAGCAUGGCGGGCCGCACUGUGAGGGGGGUGUGUGUGUUGAGGUUGUGUGUGUUGGUGCUGUGUGUGCUGUGUGUGAGCACAGCUGAUGGCGGCGGGGUGAAGAAGCUGAAGAUGCGGGCCGCUGCAGGGCCGCUGCUCAAGUUCCAGAUUUGUAUUUCCUGAGGAUAUAAGCGGGUGUUUGAGGAGUACACUCGGGUUCUCAGCCAGAGGUAUCCAGACAUCCGCAUAGAAGGGGAGAACUACCUCCCUCAGCCUGUGUACAGACACAUCGCCUCAGUUCUGUCCAUGUUAAAGUUUGCGGUAAUCGGCCUCGUUAUUCUGGGAAAGGAUCCGUUCGCCCUCUUCGGGAUGCAGAGUCCUGGGAUCUGGGCCUGGGGACAGGAGAAUAAGGUGUACGCCUGUAUGAUGGUGUUCUUCUUCACAAACAUGAUGGAGAAUCAGUGUUUAUCUACUGGAGCCUUCGAGAUUUCACUAAACGACGUCCCUGUGUGGUUGAAGCUGGAAUCGGGUCAUCUUCCCUCCAUGCAGCAGCUUCUUCAGAUCCUGGAGAAUGAGAUGAAGCUGAAUGCCCACAUGGACACGCUGCCUGUGCAACGUUCCUAAUACCACACACUCACUGUGUCGGAGCUCCACCCACUCCUGUGUACCUGACGGACUCUCGGCUCAGUAAAGCGGCUGUAAUGAAGGUCUGCACUGAAAGCAGCGUGUCUGCCGGUGCGGGCUGGAUGUCCUCGUUGUCUUUCCUGGUGCUUUGGGACUCUGUGAUGUACACGGCGAGUGUGCACGCUUGUUUUUUAGAGACGUGUCUGCACGGGUGGUGUGUGUGAGGUGACUGUGGUGUGUUUCUCAUUUUGAUUAUUGAUGAUGAUGAUUCGCUCUGAAGCCAAGCACAGGUUUACAGACUUAUUUUCUACCUAUGCAUCGUUUUUGCCAAAUAAACCGUUUU